UCAGCUAAAAAAGCCACUCACAAAACCUUCCCUUUUCACUUCAAUUACAACACUAAACCUAUCUAUAUAUAUAUGUGUCUACAACUCCCUAAUACAAAAUAACCUCAUUAAUUAUUAUAAUCUCCAAGCCAACUCUUCCAAUUCAUACUCAAGUCACCAAAUUUUCUUACUAUACAUACAAGUAAUAUACAUAUAUUUGUAGCUAUGACAUUAAAAAUAGCCAACCCAUAUUCGGUCUUCAUAAUCUUACUCAUGAUGUAUAGAACGGCCAUUUUCGCCACGGCAAACAACAGCCGUGGCGACAAGUACGUCCGCAAUGCCUGCAGCGUGACAAGGUACCGCAGCCUCUGCAUCCGCACUUUAGCGCCAUUUUCAAGCGCGGCUAAGGAAAGCCCUGUCCUUUGGGCCAGAGCAGGGGUCUCUGUUACUCUGAGCGAGGCCAAAGACACGGCGCAGUACCUAAUGAAGCUCAAUCGAAACAACAACAAUCGAACCAGAUCAGGAAAAGGAAACUACUUCAGAGCUGCAGUGUCGGACUGUGUGGAGCUCUUUGACAACGCGGUUGACGAGCUCCACCAGUCACUUAGGGUGAUGAGAAAUCUGAGCAAGAGAACUUUCGGGACACAGAUGGGCGACGUAAACACUUGGCUGAGUGCGGCACUAACCGAUGCAGACACGUGCUUGGAAGGGCUUGAAGGACUAAAGAGAAGAAGAGAAGUGAACCCUUUACGGUCUAAGGUGUCAAGAGCCAGUUAUACUGCGAGUAAUGCAUUGGCUCUUGUUAACAAAUUGGCUGCAACAGUGCCACUGGUUUGAGCAGCCUCUCUUGAAAAAGAUGAUGGAUCCAUAUAUACAUUGACUGUCAAAACUGUUAAGUGUUCUUGUUUGGAUAUAUAUAUAUAUAUAAAUAUAUGUAUAAAUAUUUUUCAUAGCUAGUAAGAAAAGGCUGUGCCAAAGACUUGGGUACCUCUUCGAAUAAGUAGUUAUAUAUUGGUACGUGCGCGCCUGCAUAUGAUUAAAAACUCAUUACGUAAUUGGUGGUUUCCUUUUAUUCUUCUUCCUUUGUUUUUUCCUAUUUCGUUCUCAUUAUUAGAAAUUGAAUAUUUUAUAGCCAGUUAUUUGGUUUUGUGAUCAUA